GGGAACUUCCGAGUUGCUGUGGGUUUGUGAGCAGAAGAGUUCAGAGCUGAGCACGAAACAUUUCUGUAGGCGACCCGCUCGAACCUCCGGCUCCAGAAUGACGCUCCCGCGGGCGCACAGCGCCACCACACUCCGGGCCAUGAGUGUCGCUUCGGAACCGGGCAUCGCCACAUUCCGGACCCUGAGUGUCGCUUCGGAACCGGGCACCGCGACCCUGGUCUCACCGAAUCAGCUGAGCGCCGGUACCGCGACCCUGGUCUCAUCGAAUCAGCUGAGCGCCGGUACCGCGACCCUGGUGUCACCGAAUCAGCUGAGCGCCGGUACCGCGACCCUGCGCACGGUCGGAGUCGCGCCUGCGCACUUCUCCUCCGUGCAGUACGUGAACGACGCUGUGGACGGAACCGCGCUCCAAGGCAACCUGCGCUACCUCGUGCCCGUGCAGCGCGCCUCCGACUCUUACGUCAUGGUGAAUCAGACCCCGCAGAUGUUGACCUCGCAGAUGUUGACCCCGCAGAUGUUGACCCCUGUUUACCUGCAGAAUGUCCAGCGGGUCAGCACGAGCAGCCUGGAGGAAACCGACAGCUUCCAGCACCUGACCAUCAAUGGCCAAGCUUCAUCAGCGGUCCAGAGUCCAUCACCGAGCCCCAUCAAGACCCCGGAGCCUCUAGAGGUGUUUGAGAGCAGCAGCGUGCAGAACGUCAGUAUCGAUGUGAAGAAUCACGUGGCGAGCGAAGUGAAGACGGAUUUCAAGUUCGAACCGGAGGAGAAACUCGACACGCGCUUCUUUGGCGAGCUCCUCGCUGAGGUCUACCGGAAAAACAACGACAUCCACACCUGCAUCUCUGAGCAUGUGACCAAGAUCCAUGGGAGGAAAUACUUACUGGACCUCGAUCAUAAGGAGAAAGCAGACAUCGAACACCUCAUUCCUAAAGGAGUGUCUGAACUGACGAAGCAGCAGAUUCGCUAUCUCCUACAGACGCGCAUAACGGCUGAUAAGACCAUGCGCUUGCUUCUGAGCACCUUCAGCAGCUUGAGAGAAGAGCUGGUGCACCUGCAGGACGAUCUGAGGCGCCUGGAGAGUGAGAAAGAGCAGCUGAAUAAGGACCUGAGCUUUAAAGCUGAUCAGACGCAGCAGUAUGAGAGACUGGUGGAAAGCGUACGCGAGAACAACCGCCAGCUGCAGAUGUCUCUGAAGGAGAGCACCUCCUCCCAGCGCAACCUGGAGACUCAGCUCAUGAACAACCGCGGCGCAGACUCCAGUAAGGAUUUCCGCAUCAAAGAUCUGGAAGGCAGCAAGCGGUUGUUGGAGCAGGAGAAUGAGCUGCUGCGCAAGAAGCUCGAAGGCCAGUGCAGUAGCGCCACUCUGCAGUCUAAGACACAGGAGCUGUCCAGACAUUAUGAGCAGAUGCUGAAAGAGCUACGGGAAGAGAAGGAGAAGGAGCUGUUGAGUAUGCGGUCUCAGCUGGUGAAGAUCCAGACAGAAUACACUACAGAGCAAUCUGCUGAUAAGACCCUGCAGCUGAAGAUCUCCGAGCUACUGACCAAGCUGGAACAGCGCGAAUCAACCAUCAGACGCCUGGAGGAGGAGAUCAGACGACUGCAGCAGGACAAGAAAAACAGCUCCGAGAGCGUCACUCAGACCGUCAUCACUAAAAAAUACCAGAACCAGUACCCGAUCCUGGGCCUGCUAAGUGAUGACUAUCAGUACACAUCGUCACCCAUCAAGGAGUCCAAGACCAUCGUCAUCAAGAGGACGGGGGAGAUGACCAAAAAGGAAUUCUGUACCUAAAGACAAGCAGUGAGGACGAGGACGAUCCAGAAUUUGCACCAGUCCCUGCUAGAUCAGCUCUCUCCAUCCUUUCUCAUCUCUCCAUCCUUCCCACUUCCCAUUUCCUUGCAUGUGUUUUGUCCGUAUUUCCGAGCUCUAGUAGAGUCGUGGUGGUUCCAGCCUUCAGAGUCAACAGGACGUGAGAUUUAUGUGCUGAUGCGUUUAAAAUGCUGUAGCAGCUUCGCGUCGCUUCACACUUUUUCAAGCCACCACAACUCCACCAGCCUCUGUUCAGCAGCGACAGUACUGUAGUCAUAUGUUGGUGAUGUCUGACGUCAGGACGUAGCUUUGCUUCAUCAGUUACAGCCGAUGUGGUGUUUUACACUUUCUUUAUUGGAGAACUUUGUAGAAUGGGGUGCAGCGUACAUGUGUGUGAAUGCAAGCCGGUGAUGGGAUUUGUUUGCUUUGUAACAGCAGGGGCAGUUUUAUUAAUAAAUUUUUUUUUUUUUUAAACUCGUUGCCACAUGCAACCAUUAUCAUUAACUAUGAGAAAUAAAACAGAUGAUAAUAUAUGGGUUGAGGAAGCCAUUGGUGUAUUGAAUAAUAAAGCAUGAGAGGGUUUUUUUUAUUUUUUAAUUUUUUUUAAACCCUAACAUGGCAGCUAAAAUGCAUUUUUAACUAAUCCUCUGAUUCGUGUCCUAACCCAGGACUUCAUACAACACUGUCGUUCUUUUCUCCAAUAAAAUAAAACGUCGAAAUGGUGUGAUGUUGCUUUGAAAGGCUGCAGUUAUAAAGAACCAAACACACACACUGUAAUACGCAGUAACAUACACUCACUGGCCGAUUUCAUGAGAACAUCUGCUUGUUCAGCUUUUCAGUUUUCCAUCCAGCCAAUCAUGUAGCAGCAGAAAUGAAGAAACUUCACAAUGUUCAUGUCAAACAUCUGAAUGAGGACAGUUUCACCAAAACUGGACAUCACGUGUCCAGUUUGGGUGAGUGCGUGCCCACUGUAGCAUCAGCUUCCUGUUUAUUGCUGGCAGGAGCAGAACCUGCUGAGAUCUUCUGCUCUUCAGCCCAUCAACGUCAUGAUUCAGUGUAUUGAGAUGCUUUUCUGCACAUCACGGCUGUCCAGAGUGGUUAUUUAAGUCAGUGCAGCUCAACUUCCUGUCAGAGCGCUCUCCUCGGACAUCUCUCGUCAGUGAGGCGUUUCCGUCCACAGAACUUUUCCUCACUGGAUGAUGUUCUUUUUUUUUUUUUUUGUAUCUACAGGUUUUUACAGGUGUUCCUGUUGCAUACAUGUCAACCUUUGGUCAAUCAAACCUGUAUAACCAACCUCCAAAAUCCGUAUUUCCCUUAUAAAAUCCUUAUAAGAUGCAAAUUAAAAUAAUUUACCUAAAAUUUGAAUGAUAAUUAACAAUUAUAUAUCCCAGUUACUUUUUAUUCAAUAUUAAUAACAAUAAACCUUCAGAAUGAAUACAAAGCUCCAAUGUUCGACAAAAACAUUGUACUCCAUGACAGCUUUUUUAGCAGUCUGCACCAAUACCUCACGAGGCUGCAUGUCACAGCAAGUGUCUGUGUUGAUCUUGCCGGAGUGCCCAUUCAGAAUCUUUUCAGUCGCUAGUGAAAGUCGCUCAGGUGGAAAUACGCUUUUCAAACAAAAUGUUACUUCCCGGUUGGCGGGAUUCUCCCAAUGCGGUGUGCGCAUGAUCAGAAGUGGAACGAAAUCUCGCUACCACAAGAUAAUGCGCGAUUUCAUAAGACUCUUUACUGGCUGUUUGUGCGUUCUGUGGUGUACAGUAUGUUUGUAAAUGUUAUGCGCACUUUUAUCAUCGUGGGAAUUAAUUAUAGCUCUAAAUAAAUAUUGAAGUUUUUUUUAAAGAAUCCGUAUUAAUUUAUUUGUAUGCCCGUAUACUACGUUUAUUGAAUCAAAUCCGUAUAAAAUACGGACAUUCCGUAUAGGUUGACAUGUAUGCUGUUGAAGUUCCUGGUCAGUGUAGUCGUGCGCUAGAUCUGCACACAUAAACAGAUAUUAGACAUGACUAAUCUUUAACUUCUUUAGGUUUACUGUCAGUGUGUGAAGAUGCUGAUUGAUUGUAAUACUCUGAACAGAUUUUUGAAAAAUUAUAAGAGGGAAAUCUUCUAACCAUCGACGCCGUUAUUCCAGAGCUGGGAUCUGAUUGAAGUACUACUGCUGCAUUCAUGACUAAAUCUGCUGUAACCAUGUUUCUGAAUUUUGUACAGUGUAACAUCAACGUUUGUCUGUUUCAUUUCAGCCAUUUUCUUUUGAACAUUCAUUGCUGUCCAUAAUCGUGUUUGAUUUCUGCUUGGGAUUGUUGCACUGCCCUCUGCUGCCUGCAAGGUGAACUGCGUUAUUAAUAUCAAUAUCAAUAAAAACAUUGACAAUG